AACCCGGAACGAGCCACAGAUACCGAUGAUAACAGAGCUAUUCUGGGAAUACCGCUUAGGGUUGAAGUCAAUCUAACCAUUUACGGGGUUUCAGAUCCAGACGUGUUGUCAUUCAACGCUACGGCAGAGACUUUUGUGACACCGAAACAAGUAUUAGAAGACAUUGGACGCGAGAUAAGCCAUUCGUAUACAAUACAAAACAGAGGGCCCUCGACCAUCAAAAGGGCUGACGUGACCAUUCUGUGGCCGACACGGGAUUUGAGGGGCAAUUACUUAUUAUAUCUGGUCGACCAGCCCAUCGUUAGGAGUAAACCCAACAAAGGCUUCUGCAAAAGCAUUACUCUCGACGACUUAAAUCCAUUAGGACUUAGAUCAAAAAAGACCGAUCAAACCGACAAUCGACUGCCAUAUGAUUCCCAGCCCAGCACUCAGGACCACAACACGCGAUAUAUACGACAAUAUGAUAAUAGGAAGGAUAUUAUCAGCUCAAGACAUACUAGAGAUACCACAAACAAGUUUCAGCUACCGGCGUCCAAAAAGCCCCGGAUCAGUGAUCCCCUAACUAUAGAACAGGCA